CUGUUGCUCGCAAAUGUUUACUUAACUGAAAUCACCGCAAUGUGAGUUUGUGCGGCUCUGGGAAAAGGGAGUGGAAAUAUAGUUUUGGCCAAUGAGAGGUCUGGAGUUUCAAAAACGUUGAUUCCAUUGGAAUCAGACCGAGUGGUGAAAUAUAGUCCCAGAGUGAGGAAAAUUCAAGACGACUUUUGCAACUGAAGCAGGAGAAAUCAAAUCUCCGUCUGCAAAAAUGUCAUCGCCAUCCAGUUCAACAACUUGUGACGGAGAGGAGACAAAGAGAGUGGCGAUUGUUGGUGGUGGCUUAGUUGGUGCUUUAAACGCAUGCUUCUUCGCAAAGCGAGGUUUUCAAGUGGAACUUUAUGAAGCACGCAAAGAUAUUCGAACUGCUAAAGAUGCAAGGGGAAGAAGCAUCAACCUUGCUUUAUCUUACAGAGGGAGGCAGGCUCUGAAAGCUAUUGGCAUGGAAGACCAGGUAGUGUCUAAGGGCAUUCCCAUGUAUGGGCGAAUGAUCCACUCCCUGUCAGGCAGCAAGUCAUCUAUUUCUUAUGGAAGAAAAGACCAGUAUAUCUUGUCAGUGGAUAGAGCAAAUUUAAACCGAACGUUAUUAUUUGCUGCUAAUCAAUACCCAAAUGUCAAGUUAAACUUUGAAACUAAAUUGCAACACUACAGUGCUGAUAAGGGGAUCCUGACAUUUAUCAGGCCUGACGGUACAACUUGUGAAGUUUCACAUGACCUUGUUGUUGGAUGUGAUGGUGCCUUUUCCACUACGAGGAAGCAGUUUAUGCGACUAGCAAGGUUUGAUUACAGCCAUGUGUAUAUCCCUCAUGGCUACAUGGAGCUUACAAUACCUCCUAAAAAUGGAGAUUUUGCAAUGGAACCUAAUUUUCUUCACAUAUGGCCUAGAAACACCUUCAUGAUGAUUGCUUUGCCCAAUUUGGACAAGUCAUUUACCUGUACUCUGUUCAUGCCUUUUGAAGAAUUUGAGAAGCUUACCACAGGCGAUGAAGUGCUGCAAUUUUUCAAGAAAUGCUUUCCAGAUUCCAUACCUCUAAUAGGAGUUGAGGCUUUGAUGCAGGAUUAUUUCCGUUUGCCAGCCCAGGCUAUGAUUUCAGUCAAGUGUUCCUCCUACCAUAUCGGUUCCAAGUGUGUGUUAAUGGGAGAUGCAGCACAUGCUGUUGUUCCAUUUUAUGGCCAGGGCAUGAAUGCAGGUUUUGAAGAUUGUAUUGUCUUUGAUGAAAUAAUGGACAAGCUUCACAAUGAUACCUGUAAGUGUCUUCCAGAGUUUUCAAGGUUACGUGUACCAGAUUGCCAUGCUAUUGCUGAUCUGGCUAUGUACAACUAUGUGGAGAUGCGUAAGCAUGUGAACUCAAAAUGGUUUAUUUUCCGCAAACACGUGGAUAAUUUCCUCCAUUACUGUAUGCCAAGGACUGUUGUGCCUUUAUACACCAUGGUGACUUUUACCAGAAUACGAUACCACAAAGUGAUACAGCAGUCAAAACGACAAAGCAAGGUAAUCAAUACCAUGCUGUUUGUGACAGGUGCAAUUACAACAGUCACAGGAAUGGUCUUCCUUUUCAAGCAUUUUCCCAAGGAACUUAAUUUGCACCAGCUGAAGAAUUGGAAUUUUAGCUUUAAGUAACUUGAAGCAGCUAAAUAGGCAACAAAUUCCUGGCAGUUUAAUAAGAAAUUACAAUUCCAUAUUUUUCUAAUUUAAGAGAUGAUGGCCUGAUUUUCCUCUGAGCAGUAAGGAGCUGUCACUAUUAGAAAAUAUUUUUAUGUGUCAGUACUUGGUAUUUACCACUCCCUGCACACAGGGCACGAUUUCACCUCCCUGGCAAUGGCAGGAGAGCUUAGAAGAAGGGGAGGUAAUGAGGUAAAUGGGUCCUGGAGCGAAACUCAUUCCUUUCUUGCCACCUCAGCAAUUAAAUGUUCAUGGGUCGUUUUAUAUUUUAUUAUCAGCCCAAUCAGAGAUGUUAUUACUCACUGCUGAAGCAGUGGGGAAUGUGAACCUGGGCCUCCUGUCACAGAGCUAGGGGCACUAACACUGCCCAAGAAAUCCCUUGCUAGCAAUUAAGUCCAUUUAUUUGUCAGUUACUGGCCACAUAAGGGCCUCAGUUUGCUGAUCAUGCCUGGUGGGUGAGCAAAGUGUCUAGUUUUCAGAGUGAGAAGCCUUGGUGACUGACCUACCAAGAUGGGAGGGAGGGGUUCUGUCAAACUGAUCCAGUCUAGGGGCAGUCAGAGAUAUAGAUGGAUGGCAAAAACACUUGCUAUGACUCAAACAAAAAUAAUUCUCAUCGCUGGACCCCCAAUGCUUAAGCAUGGUCAAGAGUCAUAGAGUCUAAUGCGGACAUUCUGACCCAGAAACUGCUGGACUGUGAUUGGCUGGCAGCUUAUGGUGCUGUCUUGAAGCGUGUGAUAGGGUGAGAUACCGUCACUCACCAGUCUGCUCAUAAUGAGCUAACUGUUGUGCAGUUAGGUGAGUUAUCUUGCCCAUGGGGGUGCAUUUUAAGUGGCAACCAACACUUGAAAUAAAGUGGAAAAAUCCUUCCUUAAGUUUAACUAUUAGGUUUGUUUUGCUAAUCAGUGGCAGCCGAUGUAGUGUGUAUUGGCAGCAAUGGUAGGGAGAGACAAAAAUUGGGCUGAUGAACUGUUUCCAAAUCAACAGCAAAGUGAUAGCAGCCUGAAAUUCACUGUGCUGCACUCAUCACCCUGUUCCUCUUGCCAUGCACCAUGUCACACUUAUGGAGUAAGAUUAGAAACAGAUGAGCAGCAAUCCUGCCAAAACAGCCAACAUUCAUUUGACAUUGUGGAAAUCUGGUUCCUUUGCGUUGGAUGGAAAGUGUUGGUUGCAAUAAUAUUGUUACAGUGAGGUGCGCAAAUGAUCUUCGAAGGGAUUGCUGCAGAAAACUGUAAUUAAAAACACACACACACUCUUGCUCUAAUCUUUGUGGCUCCUAAAUAAGUUGAUUCAUUUCUCAGUACCACGAUGUUCUGUCAUCACCCUCUGAUGACAUUCCAAUCCCCUACUGCUACCUUCAUCCACCCGAAGUUAUUGUUACCCUGCCCUUCAAAGAUUGUCUAGCUUAUGGCUCAACUUUGUCCUGUCAGUUCUUUGGUCAACGCUGACAACUUGUAAGAAUUGUUCACAUAUUUAGACUUCACACUGCCUACAGUGAGUGGAUAGUGAAUUUGCAUCCACCAAAACCUGCUUGGAGAAUUGGGGACUGAUUGAAUUUACCUCCAUCAGAAGCAUAGCAGGCAGAAUAAGACAUUUUCAAACGACUGAAAUAUACUUCUUCAAUAUUAUUAUGAUCCAGACCAAACCCUCUCAAAAUACAUGAAGGAGAUAGACGACACCCUAACUUUUUCUUAUUUUAAAGGAAAGUGCCCAGCUUUGCAUUUCAGAUGCAAUUCGAUUGGUCAAACUAUCAGAUUUGAAACAAAACAUACUUUAUUCAUGCGCUAUAGUUAAAAUAUAACAAAUGAAAGAAGAAAUUGGAAUGUCUUAAUUCUAUUGGAAAACCUAACUGAAUAAUAGAUUAUUUAACGACUAAACAGAAACUGUUCCAAUAUUGUAUCAUCCCAAAAACAUACACAUGGCAAAAAAGCAAAUUCAGUAAAAUAGAUUGCCUCGCAGGCAACUUUCCAGAAAAUGUCAAGAGAAAACUCAGAGUAGCAGGGACAGAUGUGCUACAGCUUCCACACCGCAGCAACUGCUAAUACUGCAAACAUAAAACUAAAAAGUGGCGGUUCAGUGGGAGCUUGAUUCCACCCAUUCAGGCUGCUUCAACUGGCUGUUCCAACCAUAGAACAAGACCCCCAAAAACUCACAAGCUGUUUACUUUGUGGACUUUGAAGCAGAAAAAUUGGCACAUCUGAUCUCAACCUUACUUCAUUAAAAAAAAGUCAGGACUAAAUACACCUCCUAAAACCAAAGUAACGUCACACCAAAAACAGCAUACAAAUGUGACUGGAAUCAAGAGACUACAAGGGAAUAUGGCUGCUAAAGCCAAGCUUUGCAUUGAAAACAAGGGUAGAAGCAGGAUUGUUAUCCUACCUACUCUUAAUUGCUUACACUUUUUUUUAGAAAAACAAGCUUUUGCAACUAACAUGGGCCCACUUAAAGAAAUAUAUUGCCACAGGGAUAUUGACGAUAACAAAAUCAGACUGAUUGACUGAACUUAUCUAUUUUAUUACCUUAUUGAGUAGUUAUAUAACUAUAUUAGCAGUUAUAAGUUUAAUUAAGAUCACAGUUUGAACAAUGCAAAUGGUUUUGUUUUGUUUAAUCCUUGAAUCACUUCUUAAUGUGAAAUGGUACCAAUAAACCUCUGAAAUCCCCCAUUUCUGGAUACCUUUAUGAAAUCACCACAUUUGUCAUUCUUCAAAGGUAAAGGUACAGAGAUUCUGCAGGUUGAGGAGAGAUAAAAAGCCACUUUCAGAAUCAUGUUUGUGGCAAACUAGCACAAUGUCAUAGUUUUGGGUGAUUGAUAGGACAAUGUGGCCAAAAAUAUUGAUCAAGUUUGGGAUUUUUAAGGUUAUUAAAGAUGCAGGAAGUGGAAAGAUAGCAGAACAUUGGAAAAUAAUUCCAAAGCACUGUCUGCAAAAUUCUGAGUGCAUGCCUGCUAAAAGGACUUUAGGGUUAGGGGAGUUUCAUUGUGUUGAGAAUUUGGGUAGCUAAGAGGGCAGGAUUCAUAGUUUUGAAGGAAGAUCAGGAAGAGUAAGGUUUUAAAGAGAUCUAAUAAAAAGUCUGGGAAAUUUAAAAUUGGAAGGUGUUGGCACUUGAGAUACCAGGGACCAGUGUACAAUGGCAAACAGAUUGCGGGACUUGGUAAGAAUGGAAUUUGCAGCAAGGCUUGGAUGAGAUGACAGAGGGGGAAGGACUAGGAAGGUGGAGGGCUAUUGAAAUACUGGAUUCUGGAAAUGCCAGAAUCUGAAUGUGGAUAUCAUCAAGUUGGAUUAACCUCAGUAAUUUUAUGGAAGUGCAAGUAGUGUGAUUUUGUGAUAGGGCAACAUGGCGGCUCAGUGGUUAGCACUGCUAUCUCAAAGCACCAGGGACCCAGGUUCAAUUCUACCCUCGGGUGACUGUAUGGAGUUUGCACGUUCUCCUUGUGUCUGCGUGGAUUUCCUCUGGGUGCUCCAGUUUCCUCCCACUGUCUAAAGAUGUGGAGGCUAGGUGGAUUGACCAUGCUAAAUUGCAUGUAGUUUUCAGGGACGUGUAGAUUAGGUGGGUCAUAGGGAUGGGUCUCGGUGGAAUGACUAAGGUCUGGUGUGGACUUGUUGGACCAAAGGGCCUGUGUCCACAUUGUAGGGAUUCUAUGAAUAGGGUCAGUUGCUCAACAUGAAUUUGAAUAGGGCAGUUGAGUUUGUGAAAUGACUCACUCAAUUUGAGACAAUGGCUGUGGAUAGGGAGGGGCUUACUGACUAAUGGCACAGCAUCUGUGGCACUAUCAAACAGUGAUGACUUCAACUUUAAUGUUUGGCUGGAGGAAAUUGUGGCACAUCUGUAUCAAAAUAUCAGAUAAUAAUCUAACAACAAAGAUGGCAGAUAAAUUAAUAUCAGUGCCAGUUGUUGCAAAAUAUUUCAAUUUUGUAUCCUCAUGUUACAAUUCUUAUAUUCAAUGUUAGAAAUAUGACUCACUGACAAAACAAGGUCUAGAAAGACUUCAACCUUUCUUGUGACUCACUGGAUCAGUUUCUUCUGGUAGGUUUUCCUUACUGCUCAAAGUACUAAGUUAAUGAUUUGUUGUUGCUUCGAUGAAUGUAAAAUUGAACUAACUGAAUA